UCAUAAGCAACAAUUAAAUAUAGUCUUUUCCCCCAUGUUCUAUAAGAACUUCCCCUUGAUCUGCCACUAACUUUCGCGUAUCGCCAUCGCCAGGCAAUGUUUGCAAACACAGAAACCUGUCCAUAAGACACCUUUCCAGUGACAUCACAUCAUACUAUCCUCUCUCAGCCAGCGCUCCAACCAGCAGCCGAGGAUUGGCCAAUGGCCAGAUAGCGUGAGCUCUGCUCACCGAUGUGCUGUUCCUGAUUGGACGGUUCAGAUACAGAGAGGGCGGGACACCAAACCUGCGAACCAGAAGUUCCUACCUAUCUCAUUAUCAUAUAAUAUUUAGCAUCCUCUGAAACCAUCUGAAAUGUCUGGUGGAAUAAUUGUAAUGGUUUUGAAUACUUUUCUUUUUGAUUAACGGAUAUAUUUGAAAUAUUACUAGGCCUACGAUCUGCUAAAGCAACUGAAAUAGGAUGCUCAAUUGUCUACGCCAGUAGAUGGAAUAUUUGCUAUUUUUGAAAUAACUGUUGAACUGUGAUAAUAUUUUAUUGCGUACUUUAUUCUAUUCCAUGAUCUCGGCUACUUUUUGUUUUUGCAAUUUAGUUUCAGGUUAUAUGUUAGGAAACAUUCUGAGCAGUGGUAAUUUAUUGAAUGAGUUAGCCUAUUCAUUUCAAGUAGCCUAGUUUAAUAAUAUAACAAAUAUGUGGACUUUUCUUGGAAUUGCAAGUUUCACCUACAUUUAUAAGAAAUGCGACGCAGUUUUGGAGUAUGCUCACAAAGAGAUAAUCCUGGCGGCUGUAGUGUUCUUGGCAGUGGGAAUGCUGCUAUCCUAUGUCAGGUACCACGGACAUACAUGCAAGGUACCCCAAAUUCUACAAUUACCGCUGGAACUUUUAUUAUCCCUACCGGUCAUCAAUACAUUUAUACCGAAACCCUCAGCUGUCAGGCACAGGAGUGGAGAGAGCGCGUCAACGAAGGGAGGUGGCAGGAGGAAAAGAGUGUGUUCCUCAGCCAUGGAGAGCCCCCCAGCAACAGGGGACUCUCCUGCAUCUCAGGAGCCGGAUGUGAUCAUAGUAGGGGCGGGAGUCCUGGGGUCGGCCAUGGCUGUAGUGCUGGCCCGGGACGGCCGGAGGGUCACUGUGAUAGAGAGGGACCUGAAGGAGCCUGACAGGAUAGUGGGAGAGCUGCUGCAGCCUGGUGGAUACAGGGCCCUGCGAGAACUGGGAAUGGAGGAUUCAGUGGAGGGGCUGGAUGCCCACGUGGUGAACGGCUAUGUGAUUCAUGACAUCGAGAGCAGCACAGAGGUGGAGAUCCCAUAUCCCCAGGCAGACAGCAGUAUCCAGUGUGGCAGGGCCUUUCACCACGGACGCUUUAUCAUGGGCCUGCGCAGAGCCGCCCUCGCUGAGCCAAAUGUUACGCUCAUAGAAGGCACCGUGUCCAGCCUGGAGGAAGAGGAUGGCUGUGUGACAGGAGUGCAGUACAGGGACAAGGAGACAGGAGACACAAAGGAGGUCCAUGCAGCAGUAACUGUAGUAGCUGACGGCUGUUUCUCAAAGUUCAGGAAGAGCCUGGUAGCUGGGAAGGCCCAGACCUCCUCUCACUUUGUUGGAUGUAUCAUGAAGAACUCUCCCCAGUUUAAGCCCCACCAUGCUGAGCUGGUCCUGGCUAACCCCAGCCCUGUCCUCAUCUACCAGAUCUCCUCCUCAGACACCAGGGUGCUGGUGGACAUCAGGGGAGAGAUGCCCAGGAACCUUACCGAGUACAUGGCUGAGAAAAUACACCCACAACUACCAGGCUACCCUGCUGUAUGGAGGGAUGGAAGGAUGGCCUCGGGCCUCGUGAGACUUAAGGAACACCUAAAGGAGCCGUUCAUGGUGGCUCUGCAGAACGACCGGCUGAGGUCUAUGCCAGCAAGCUUCCUGCCUCCGUCUCCAGUCAACAAGCCAGGUGUGCUCCUGCUGGGUGACGCCUACAACAUGAGACACCCUCUGACCGGAGGAGGGAUGAGUGUGGCCCUCAACGACGUCCUGAUCUGGAGGAGCCUGAUGAAGAACAUCCCUGACCUGUACGACAACACAGCCAUGCUCCAGGCAAAGAAAAAAUUCCACUGGGAACGCAAGUCAUCACAUUCCUUUGUGGUGAAUGUGUUGGCUCAAGCCCUGUACGAGUUGUUUGCUGCAACAGACAAUUCUCUCCACCAGCUGAGAAAGGCAUGCUUCCUUUACUUCAAGCUGGGUGGGGAGUGUGUCAACGGUCCCAUUGGUCUUCUCUCAGUGUUGACGCCCCAUCCGAUGACUCUGAUUGGACACUUCUUUGCCGUGGCCUUGUAUGCCAUCUACUACAACUUCAAGUCUGAGUCGUGGUUCACCAAACCCCGAGCCUUAUUCACGAGUGGAGCUAUCCUGUACCGCGCCUGUACCGUCAUGUUUCCCCUCAUCUACUCUGAGUUCAAGUACCUGGUGUACUGAGCAGUGAUCUAAUCUGAGCCCUAACUCAGUGGAACGCACACCAGCCUUAGACAACAGGGUCGUAUUCAUUAGUGCACAAACGUAGCAAAACAUUUUGCAAUGGAAUACGAAGAUGUUCAGGUUUGCCCCUACCCUCUUUCUGCCUGUUUUCUUCCAAUUAGUUUCUUGUGAAUACAUUUACUGAGCAGUGCCAUCACUGACCCCUGGUGGAGAACACACACACCACCAGCCUUAUGGUGACAUGACAUACAAACAGUACAGUGACCUAAAGAUACACUAAGAAAGUGUAGUUAACUGUCAAGUCAAUUUGGCUGUAUGUAUGAUUUAUAUGAAACCACUUAGUUUUAGGCCAACAAUUCUGCUUUUUUGUUGGAUGUGGGGAGGCAUGCCACUUUCUGUCCAAUGAUGUAAUUUCUGGACAAUGUUUCUGUCCAUUUACGCCAGGGAUCCCUUUUGUCUCAAGCACACCCCUAGAGGCAAAAGUUCUGUAUAGCCUCUUUAAUAUUACACCAUCCUAUCUUCACUGUCAACAGGGAUCUUGUACAGGUCUCUAAAGUGACCAUUAUUCAGUGCUGAAGCCUUUGACCUUGAUCAUGUCUUUAUCUCUGCCCAAUGAUAAGACGUCUUCUGAGGACGAGGUCUAAAUUGACGAUGACAAUUUUUUAGUAACGCCUUGUAUAUUCAGAAUUUACAUCACAACCAUGCAUUUACGUAGUGUAACAGACAAUGCGUAAGAGGUUUGCGUUAGCAACUCUUAAUUGCAAAUAACCAGCAGGACUGACGACAGGUGUCUGUUUAACCACUUUGCUGCUAAUUGAACAUAAGGACAAAACAUGUCCUUCCUGCUUGUGUUCUUCUCUCCAUGCCAAUGGCUCAAAACACAGUUGGCUCUUUGUCUACCCUUAUUCCAAACGAAUCCUUAUUUUGUUCUGAAAAAGCAUGUUCCUUGUGCAUUAUUUUAACUGUACAUGUACAAUCAAAUAAUUAUGUAUUAAACUGUUUGAUUGGUUCAA